AUGCUGGCCAUUCCGUGCCUCGUUUCCAUACUUGCACUGGCGUGCAGCGCAACGCCAGUCCCUGACCUCGAUCCCCAACCCCUCGAGAUUGAACCUAAAUCCGAAGGAAGGCUUGAGGCUCGACAGGCCGCAAAUUUUGGACCUCGUGUCCACAUGGGCCCGACCAAAUCCGGCGCGGAUAUCAUCGGAUUGAGCACCGUCUUCAAACCUGGCUACCCGCCGGCGAACCCUACUAAGUUCCUCGCCCUUUGGCCUGGAGUCUGGAACCCAUACAGCAUCAAAUCGGACCUAGUUCAGUCUGUCAUUAGCAGCCAUGACCAGGCCUAUAUGACAUCCUUCUGCGGAGCGAAGCGCGGCCAAUGGUGCUUACAGCCAUACGUGCUGUCAGGAUGGAAACCCCUGACGAUCCAAAAUGGAUAUGCCAUUGACGGCAGCGACGAGAUUGAGAUCAUCUAUGAGAAAGCGACAUCCGGAAAAGGAACAUGGAAACAAUCCUUGACAAAUUUGAGUAAAGGGAAGAAAUAUCCAGAAUACUCAGCUGGAAGCGCUGCUGGAACAACUUUCGAGACCGGAACCGAGAUGCAAGGGAGCAAUCGUGGAUCUGCAGACACUCAAGUAUACCGAAAUCUGACACUGACGCUGCGGGUUGCGGACCCAACGUUCGCUCGGACGUAUUCGAAAGACCCCAAGGUCGUCGCGAACGCGCCAGUAACUCCGGAUGGGGGGAAAACUUGGGUGUUCGACCAAAUAGAAAUCCCGGCCAUGCUGCCUGGCACGACAUUCAAGCCUGCCAACUAA